CGCUAUUAAACCAUUUGGUUUGGUUCAAAGACAUCUUUAUAAAGUUAACCUAAUGGUACAAGAGAAAUUAUUAAUUACUUUAGAAUCAAUGCCAUUCAUUAGUCAUUUAACUAAUGAUACAAAUGAUUCGAAUGAUGAAAUUACAAUCAAACAACUUGAAAAAAAAUUAAAUUUACUACAAUUAUUUUUAAGAGAUUAUGUAGUAAACGUGCAAUAUUUAGAAAAAAUUCAACAAUCAAAUACAGUAACUAAAGAAGAAUCCGAUAGUGACAAACAUACAUAA